UUUAAGAAGACAUGUUGUUCGGUGACUUGUUAAGUAACUUUCGGUAGUGACUUAGGUGAGACACAUGGUGCAAUGGAAAAUUUAGAGCUGAGCCUUACAUCACUGGGAACUAUCUCCAAACAUGUUGAUCCAAGACAUAACCAGCUUAGUCAGUAUUUGUCAAAGCAGAUCUGGAGUCAGCAGGACCGACAGUGUAUUCUGGACUAUUUGGCUCAGCUGUUGUUGGAAAAGGACUUCACUUUAUUGAUAACACGACACUUGCGGCCUCUUGUUUUGGACUUGCUCGAAAGAAAUGCGCAGAGAGUUAAAGUUGGUGGCAGGUUUAAUCAUGACCUUCAUGAACGUCUCUGUGUGGCUCUUAGCAAAGUCCUCAAUAUCAGUCCUGAUGCACCAGCCUUUGCUGCUAGGUACUUCAGCAGCACCCCUCCAGUGUUCCAGAGACUGUUUUUCUCCAGUGAAGAGGCGGCAGCAGUGCAGUAUGGGCCCCGGCGGAUGAAGCUCCGGGACCUAAUGGGGGCUACUCUUCGUUUCCUUCAGAAUGACUGUGCAAAAUAUAGAUCUCUGUGGGACUGGAGUCCCUGUGUUUCCCAACUGCUCACCAGUGACCCCAUUGUGCGAGGGUACACAGCGCAGUGCUUGGCAAUGGUCUCUCUCAUGACCGAUAAUCAGAAGGCCAUCUUCCUCAGAAAAGUGUUGUCAGGUGAAGAGAUCCUGCACAUGAAACUUAAGAGCUUUGAGGAAAGUCAGCAGCUGCAGGUGGAGAAAUCUCUAGUCCUAGCCAAUCAAGGUUGUGCAAAGUGGCACCAGGAUAUGACAAAUCGCUUCACCAAAGGUCAAGUGGUCUCUGAAGAUCUCUGCCCUGCUGUCGUGGCUGUGUGUGGAGUGGUUCUACCCACCAUCUCUCCCCGACUUACCCAACAACAGACAAACCAAAAAGAGCUAGUGCUGGUGGACUCAACUUGUCAGAACCUGAGAAGGCUUGCAUUAGCCGUAGCGUCCGGGAGACCAGUGCUAUUAGAAGGGCCCAUUGGGUGUGGAAAAACCUCACUGGUGGAGUAUCUGGCGGCUGUCACUGGGCACAAUAGUGCCACAGAGAUCAUGAAGGUCCAGCUGGGAGAUCAGACAGACAGCAAAAUGCUGCUAGGCUUGUACCGCUGCUCUGAUGUUCCAGGAAAGUUUGUAUGGCAGCCAGGAACUUUAACUCAAGCUGUCUCCAAAGGCCAGUGGAUCCUUCUGGAGGACAUCGAUCAUGCUCCUCUGGAUGUGAUCUCGGUUUUGCUACCGCUGAUGGAGAAUAAAAAGUUGGUGAUCCCAGGACGUGAGGAUUGUAUUGAGGUUGCAACUGGAUUUCAAUUUUUUGCAACUAGAAGGAUGUAUUACAGUAGUGGGAGCUGGCACAAACCACAUAAUUCUCAUGCUGCACUAUUGGAUAAAUACUGGACAAAGCUCCAAAUGAGAAACAUGGAGAGAGAGGAGCUAAAGAAGGUACUGAUCACUAGAUACCCACAACUUUCUGUGGUCUCAGACCGGCUGUUGGAUAUCUACUGUCAGCUGACUGGGGAUAGACACUCUGAACAGGACCCCCUCCGGCCACAGUCUCCCCCUGUACCAGAGGAGGAACGAACAAGCUUUUUAGAGGGACGGUCUCUUUCGCUCAGAGACUUAUUAAAAUGGUGUGAACGCAUCAGUGUCAACUUCAACAGCACAUCUGCACUUACAGCUCAAAAUGUCUUCCAAGAGGCUCUUGACUGUUUCACAUCUAUGUUGUCUCGACCUGAAAGUCGCCUGCAGAUGGCUGAGAUAAUUGGCAGCAAGCUAAACAUUUCCAAACAAAAAGCCCAGCACUUCUGUGAGUUGUACCAACCUGCUCUAUCUCUGAGUGAGCUGGAGGCCACAGUUGGUAGAGUGGCUCUGCGUCGAAAGCAGACUGAAGUUGUUCAGCUGAAUGUUAAUCAGCAUACUUUUGCGGCCACCCGCCCCUCCGCUGUGCUUCUGGAGCAGCUGGCAGUGUGUGUGGCCAAAGCGGAGCCUGUUUUGUUGGUGGGAGAGACAGGCACUGGGAAAACAUCCACUGUUCAACACUUGGCCCAAAUCACUGGCCACAGGCUGCGAGUAGUGAACAUGAACCAGCAGAGUGAUACUGCAGACCUGCUCGGGGGGUACAAGCCAGUUGAUCAUAAGCAGAUCCUGCUACCUCUGCGUGAGGCCUUUGAAGAGCUCUUCUCUCAGACCUACUCCAGGAAGCAGAACCUGACGUUUCUGGGCCAUGUGCAGACCUGCUACAGGGAGAAGAGAUGGCACGAUCUCCUCCGGCUCAUGGAACAUGUAUGCAAAUCUGCGCUUACCAAAGAACUGAAGAACAAGACCAAUGUUUCAGAUGUACGUCAGCAGUGGGAAGCCAUGUCCACCAAGCUUCAACACACUCAGGAGCAAGUUCAGGCCUGUGAGGCAACCAUGGUCUUUGCAUUUGUUGAGGGAACUUUGGCGCAGGCUGUGAGGAAAGGCCACUGGAUUCUUCUGGAUGAGAUAAACCUGGCAGCAGCCGAGACACUGGAGUGUCUGAGCGGAUUGUUGGAGAGCAGCACUGGGUCACUGGUAUUGCUUGACCGAGGAGAUGCAGAGCCCUUGGUUCGCCAUCCAGACUUCCGCUUGUUUGCCUGCAUGAACCCAGCCACUGAUGUCGGCAAAAGAAACCUGCCUCUUGGCCUCAGAAACAGAUUCACUGAGCUGUAUGUGAAUGAGCUGGAGAACGAGGCUGACCUCCGCAUUUUAGUGUCAGACUACCUCAGAUGCCUCAACCCAAACAGAAAUGUCAUCAGUGGCGUUAUAAGUUUUUACCUGGCUGUGCGGAAGGAGGCCAGCACUCGUCUGGUGGACGGGACAGGCCACAGACCUCACUACAGCCUGCGGACUCUGUGCAGAGCUCUCAGAUAUGUGCGUGCUAACCCCUGCUAUAGCCUCCAGCGCUCCCUGUAUGAGGGCUUCUGCCUGAGCUUCUUGACCCAGCUGGACCGCAGUUCUCAUCCCCUGGUGCAGAAACUGAUUUGUCAGCAUAUUCUCAUGGGUAACACAAAGUGUCUCAAACAGGCUAUCCCCUGCCCCUCGGACCGCAGCUGUGUGGAGGUGGAGGGGUACUGGGUCUCUCAGGGGGACUUGGAGCCCACGCAGGACCCCAGCUACAUCCUUACUGCCUCUGUCAAACUCAACCUGCGAGACUUGGCCCGAGUGGUGUCUGCGGGGAGCCACCCAGUGCUGAUCCAGGGGGAGACCUCUGUGGGGAAGACUAGUUUGAUCCACUGGCUCGCUACAGCCACAGGAAACCAGUGCGUGAGGGUCAAUAACCAUGAGCACACUGACAUCCAGGAGUAUAUUGGCUGUUACUCUUCUGACCAAAAGGGCAAGCUGGUCUUCAAAGAGGGUGUGCUAAUUGAUGCCAUGAGGAAGGGAUACUGGAUCAUUCUAGAUGAGCUGAACUUGGCACCCACAGACGUGCUAGAAGCUCUUAACAGACUCCUGGAUGACAACAGGGAACUGUUUGUGGCAGAGACACAAGAAGUCGUCAAGGCCCACCCUAGAUUUAUGUUGUUUGCUACUCAGAACCCUCCUGGAGUUUACGGGGGAAGGAAGGUGUUGUCCAGAGCUUUCAGAAACCGCUUUGUGGAGCUACACUUUGAUGAACUGCCCAGUGCAGAGCUAGAGACGAUCCUCCAUCAGCGCUGCAGCCUACCUCCAUCCUACUGCAGUAAACUGGUCAAAGUCAUGCUUGAUCUACAGUCUUUCCGCAGGGGGUCCUCUGUGUUUGCAGGGAAACAUGGCUUUAUCACACUGAGAGACCUGUUCCGCUGGGCUGACCGCUACAGACUGGAGGAGCAGAGCCAAACAUCUCAAGAUUGGCUCCAGCAGCUGGCUGAUAAUGGGUACAUGCUACUGGCGGGACGUGUGCGGAAGCCUGAAGAGGACACCACUAUCCGGUACAUCCUAGAGAAGCACUUCAAGCGGUGCAUUCAGCCAGAGAAUCUGUUUUCUCACAAACAGCUCACCAGCCAGUUCAGUGAAUUGGUAGACUGCACAGGAGACAUUCCAGAUGAGUUCCACCAUGUUGUGUGGACACAAAGCAUGAGGAGACUGGCAGUUUUAGUGGGCAGAGCGCUUCGUUUUGGAGAGUCUGUGCUGUUGGUUGGAGACACUGGGUGUGGAAAGACUACCAUCUGCCAGCUCUUUGCAGCUUUGUCUGGUUUGAAAUUCUUCUCUGUAAACUGUCAUCUGCACAUGGAGACUUCAGACUUCCUGGGAGGACUGCGACCUGUUCGGCACUCAAACCAGACAGAGGACGAGGAUGGCCGCCUGUUUGAGUGGCAUGAUGGGCCCCUUGUCCUGGCUCUGAAAGAGGGAGGUGUCUUUCUAAUGGAUGAGAUUUCUCUGGCUGACGACUCUGUUCUGGAGAGACUCAACAGUGUCCUGGAGACUGAGAAGACACUGGUGCUGGCAGAGAAAGGCAGUGGGGACAAUGACAAUGUGGAGUUACUACAUGCUGCACCAAGUUUCCGUUUGGUGGCCACCAUGAAUCCAGGAGGAGACUUUGGGAAAAAAGAGCUGUCUCCUGCUCUAAGGAACCGUUUCACUGAGAUCUGGUGUCCACAAAACAAUAGUCGCAGUGACCUCCUUCAAAUCAUCCAUCACAACCUUCACCCAGGCAUAACGUUGAAGGAGCGGGACAUUGCAGAGUUGAUGCUGGACUUUAUCGAGUGGCUUAUCCAACAGGACUUUGGUUGCCGGUGUAUCCUGAGUGUCAGAGACAUUCUGUCCUGGGUGUCUUUUCUAAAUGUGGUGUGUGGAGAAAAGAACAGUGGGGCCAUGGAUACAGAUGAGGACGGGUGUGAGCUAAAACUGGACACUGUCACAGCCUUCAUCCACGCUGCCUGUCUGGUCUACAUUGACGGCCUUGGCUCAGGGACCACUGUGUCCAGUGCAGACAAUGCUCUUCUGGCCCGCAAACUGUGCCUGGGCUUCCUUCAGCAACAUCUAGGUCAAAUGAUCCAACGUGACCAGGAAGUGAUGGAGGCUCUGAAGGUGUAUGAUACAAGUUUCCCCCGUGAGCCACAAUGGGGAGAGCACUUUUUUGGCAUUCACCCAUUUUACAUUGAACUAGGUUCUCAAAGUGAUGGUUGCAACCUGACAGACUUCACCAUUGGAGCUGGUACAACAGCAGUCAAUGCUCAGAGACUUUUACGUGCACUCAAACUCCAAAGGCCGGUGCUGCUGGAGGGCUCCCCUGGAGUGGGUAAAACAAGCCUGGUGGCAGCACUAGCUAAAGCAUCUGGGAACCACUUGGUUCGAAUCAAUUUGUCAGAGCAAACGGAUGUGACAGACCUGUUUGGGACUGAUCUGCCAGUGGAGGGAGGUAAAGGGGGAGAGUUCGCUUGGCGGGAUGGUCCUCUGUUGUCAGCCCUGAAAAAGGGUCACUGGAUUGUCCUGGAUGAACUGAACUUGGCUUCUCAGUCGGUGCUUGAAGGUCUUAAUGCCUGCUUCGACCACAGAGCUGAGAUCUACAUCCCUGAACUGGAUUUGAGCUUCCGAGUGCAGCACCACCAAACCAAGAUCUUUGGCUGCCAGAACCCAUUCACUCAGGGUGGUGGCCGCAAAGGACUUCCCAAGUCUUUUCUAAAUCGAUUUACACAGGUGUUUGUGGACCAGCUGACUAGCAAGGAUAUGGAGUUUAUUUCCACUUCUAUUUUCCCAAAUAUCAAUAAGGAAAUAAUUGUAAAGAUGGUAGAAUUUAGUAACAAGUUGGUGCAACAGGUUUGUGUGGAGAGGCGCUGGGGGCAUAAAGGCAGUCCGUGGGAGUUCAACCUGCGGGACAUGUUCCGCUGGUGCCAACUUAUGGAGAAUGACCAGUCUCCUGGUUUCUUUAACCCAGGGCAGCAUGUAUCUCUGGUAUAUGCCGAUCGGAUGAGAACAGAGACUGACAAGACUCAGGUGUUGUCUGUAUUUAGAAAGGUUUUUGGAGAGAACUCUGAGCCUUACACCAGCUCCAGACACUUUCACAUGACUCCUCUUAACCUACAGGUGGGAUUCUCUGUCCUCCAGCGAGGUGGUGCUGCCCCAGUCACUACGGCCCCCUGUCUGUCAAUCACCCACCAGGCACUGAGACCCCUCGAGUCCCUAAUGAAGUGUGUGGAGAUGGGCUGGAUGAUGAUUCUGGUAGGCCCCAGUGCUAGUGGGAAGACCAGCCUGGUGCAACUGCUGGCUCUGCUAAGCGGACACAGACUGAGGGUCAUGCCCAUGAACAGCUCCAUGGACACUACAGAACUACUGGGGGGCUUCGAACAGGUGGACAUCAUGAGGCCAUGGCAACAAGUGGUGGAAAUUGUGGACUAUACAGUUGCUAUGGUCACAAGACGGGGACUGAUGUCUCAGAAUGUGGGGAUGCAGGAUACAGAGUUAUUACUUCAGACCUGGGGGCUGUUCUGUGAUUGGCUAAAGGUAGAUGGUCUGCAGGGGGUGGGAAAUACAGUCACCGCUGAUGCGGUCAACAGACUGGAGGCCAUCAUUGCUCUACUUCAGAAACUCAACACCAAGCUUAAAGUCUUCACAGAUAUGUCCAGGUUGCAGACAGACUUUGCUCAGCUGAAGGAGCGACUGGCACAGAUGCAGGACGGCUGCUCUAAUGGAGGGUUUGAGUGGCACGACGGGAUGUUGGUUCAGGCUCUCCAAACUGGUGACUGGCUGCUCAUGGACAAUGCUAACUUUUGCAGUGCAUCAGUUCUGGAUCGUCUUAAUGCUCUGCUUGAACCUAAUGGAUCUCUCACUAUUAAUGAACGUGGAACCAUAGACGGGAGCACACCCAAAAUCACUCCACAUCCCAAUUUCAGGCUAUUCUUGACCAUGGACCCUGCACACGGGGAGCUCUCCAGGGCCAUGAGGAAUCGUGGGGUGGAGGUGUACAUCCCGGGAGAACAUGAGGGCCAGUGCUGGAAUGUUCAGGACAUAAAGACUAUGCUGAACACUGCAGAAGUGAUGGGAGACAGUGUGUGUGAUCUGCUCAUUCAAAUACAUAACAGCGUCAAAGAAAACAUAUGGGACUCCCCAGCCUCAUCACUUUCCUCCCUGCUCCACGCGGCCUGUCUGCUCUCUGCUCAGCUCCAGAGAGGUGUGGACCUGCCCUCUGCCAUGUUACAUGCCUGUGUAGAUGCUUACUCUCUGAGCCAACACACUACUGUCAACCAAAAGCAUGCCCGACAGCUGAUAGAGCAGCAUGUGUCCUCCCUGGACUCGGGGUCCUGGGGGCAGGCUUUAAUGUGUGCUGGAGUGUGGCCCAGUAGUCUGCCCUCUGCCCACUUUUCCACUGAAGACUCAUGCUUUGCUUCUGUUCUACGAGAUGGACAAAUCUUAUUAUUUUGUUUGAAUGCAUUGAGCCUACAGGGUAGAAGAAAUCGUCCCCUCUGUCUGAGUGACCUUAAGCAGUCCUUACUGAGUGGUUCUGGGGAUGGCCUUGUGUUUUCUGGCGAAGCACUGGAUUCAGAAUCGAGCCCUCUCACCCUGGUCCCCACAUCUGUCAGACUGCUCAUAGAGAGGACCUCUCAUGGGGACUGGCCCCUCCGCUGCAGCUUUUUAACUCAUCUUGCCAACAGUUACAAGCAUGUUCCAGAAUCAGUCCUGGUACAAGUGCAGGCAGCAAGCGGAGCUCUGCAGUCUGUGUUCAGCAGUGAACUCUGUGUGAAGGGCAAGUCUCUCAAAAAGCUGCUCCAGCCACACAGCACUGAUGAAUUUCUGAUACAAGUGGACAUGCGCUGGAACAAGCAAUAUCUGGAGAUGUUGGCCAAUAAGUGCAACUUUGAGAAUGAGGAGCGAUAUGUUGAGUUUCUAGAGGCUCUCACUGAUGUCGCCAACAGGAUGGUUCUGCUGAUGGAUCGUCAUGAGCGGGUAGUCAUCUGCUCCUCUUCAGUGAAUGCUUGUUCUCAGGAGAGUGCUCUCCGAGGAGCCAUAGCCUUCAGUAAAGGGAUUGUGGACAUAGGUCACCUGGCUCACCCCGUGCUAAUGCACCUUCAACCCUUCUUUGACCUGUGGAACUCUUACAUCAUUGAGGCCAUUCAGAUGGGACAGCCUCACAUCUCAGACCAUGUUAUGUUUGAGGUCCUUCAGUUGCUGCAGUGGGUGGACCGUUUCUGGACCGUGUCUGGUUUGGUGUCUACAGAUCGUCCUGGCGUUGCUGUGCUGGCGCUGCACUGGCAGUGGGUUCACAAACACGUUCUUCUUAGGCUUCCCCAACUGCUCACUGGAGAGACGGAGGCUAUUUAUGAAACUGGUAAUAGUCCAGAGCUCCAGUCUGUGUCAGCUGCCAUCCAGAGCCUUCUAUCCUCCUCCGUGUCUGUAGCCACUGUCCUCAAAGGUAUCCAGAAGAGUCUGGGAAAGGCCCUACCAUUUAAGCUGGCACGUGUAGCAGAGUGUUCCUCUCAGCUCACAUCUCUCUCCAAAGUUCUGGAUGUCAGUGACCUUCGUUUCGAUGGAGCCUCUCGGAGCUGGAGGCUGGACCUGCUGCGGCUUCAUGAGGCAGGACUGUGCUUAGAUGUAAAAAAGGCUCUUCUUGAAGCUUGGGGCCUUGUUUUGAUGGCCAAAAAUCAGCUUGAUCCACAAGAGUCUGGAGUGUUGGAAAAACUGGAGCAAAUAGUUGAGCACCAGCAGCAUCACAUGACCUCCUGUGGGCUUCUUGAGGUUGAGGGCUUGUUGGAGGAGGACCAGAUUAAUGGUGGCCCCUUGAGCAGAGACCAGCUGCAGCAGCUCUGCCACAGAGCCCAGCUGUGGCCCCUUACGGAGUAUCUCACCAUCCUCAACCAGGUCCGGCUCAGCACUGCUCUGCUGCACAUGGCCAUGGCACCCAAUGACCCAGAAACUGAGGAGGCUCUGCGUGGAGAAAUAUCCACACAUCUGGACUUCUGUCUGUGCUCUACUGCUCUGAAUGUCAGACACUACCAGGCGCUGUGGUUUUUGUUGAAGUCAGAUCGGCCAGCAGAGGCACUGCAGCAGGUGUGGUGUGAGCUAUUGUCUGAGGCUCUUGAAGUUCUAUGGUCCAGCAGUAUCACUUCUGAUCCAGAACACUGGUUUACCUUGGACCGCCUGAGCACAGAGGAUCCACUGCCACACAAGCUCUCACAAGGAACCCACACAAUGGGCCCUGCUUUAUUAAGUAAAGCUGUGUGGUCCCGUUGCAUGCUGGGAGUGUUGAGUGGCAGUGUCACUGGGACCCGGUGGGAUCCAUCUGGCCUAAACCUCAUGACCUCAUCCCCUCUACGACUGGGGGAGUGGAGGGAGAGAGUUCAGCAGCUUCGAGAUGUAUCCUCUGUGGCUUUGGCCAACUUGACCUUUCCUGUCCUGGCUGACUUCAGGUUGACAGACCUCAGUCUGCAGGGAGCAGUGUUACGUCGGCAGCUCCAGAGUAUGGGAGAUCUGCUGCCUCUUAGCCUGCAGGAGGGGUAUAUGGAGAGCUGUGAAGGUCUAGUGGAAGCUCCAGACCCUCGCAUCCCAGCACAGGAGGUCCACGCCCUUUUAAGAGACUUCAUUCCACCAAAAUUGCUUCCAGAUGGUUUGCUAGAUGCAUGCAGCUCUUGUGUGCAACAGUACAUUGAAAGCAGGCUCCAUGGGCCCAACCUGGUUCGUUCAGGAGUCUUCUGGGUUAAUAUGGGUCUUCUUCAGAUUAGAGUGUGGACUCCACAGACCAUCUUUGACCCUGCUGUGAAGAGAGCAUAUAAACUGAAGUAUGCCCAACAGGAGUUGAUGCAGCUGUUAGAGGAGUGGAGGGGACGGAGCCUUUUAUCUCAACUUACGACUGGUGUAGAGCUGAAGGAAAACAGCAUAACAGAUGGGUUUCAGCAUCCUCGAAUCAGAUACCUAUGGGUCCGUAUACAGCAGCUAAAGGAAGUGAUCGCAGAACUUUCCAGGAAACAAGCCUGUCGCCCAGAUGAAGCCCAGUAUGGCUGUCUUUUCCAGGAGCUCCAGCACUAUCUUUGUACCAUCGGCCAGUUCUCCACAGUUCAGAAGCUUCUUUCAAACCUGCAAGGGAGGCUACAAAGUUCUGGCUCCCAGGCAGCAGCACAGAGCCUGCUGAAGGAGGAGGAGGUGUGGCAAAACUCUCAGCAGCGCUUCUGUGUCAGGCUGCAGGAGAAGUUCCCUUUGUUCCCAGAUGUGGUUGGUCCUGUACACACUGGGAUCCUACAGCUGCGUUACGGUAUGAGGUUGGUGUCCGCUCAGGUGGCCUCCUCCCUCACCCCCAUUCCAGGACUGUCUCGGUUCUUGUCCUGCCUGCUUGCCUUUCCAUCACUGACUCCUGACCUGCCUUCCUAUUUGGCGCGGGCCGACUUCCUGUGCUCUAGAUCAUGUAUGGAGGUCGUGCAGUUGUUGCUGAAGUUCCAUCCUUCUCAGGAAGGUGGCCAUGUGGCUCCCCAGACAUUAGACUUGCUUCUGACUGCCCUAUUGUACGUGCAAUGCCAUGCCUUGACCACUGGAGAGCUGAGCACUGAGUCCAGAGGCCUCUUUAGACACAUUUGCCAGGCUCUGGUGAACGAGUGGGAUGAGCAGGAGCACAGACGAACAGUGAGAGAACAGCAAGAAUCUAGUCUCUACCGCAGCAGACAGCACGGCUCUGAUCUGACUGAAGAUGAACAAGAUGAGAGAGAAUUCAGGAAGCAAUUUCCACUCUUCCACCAGGACUUUGCAGACAUUAUGGUCCAGCCAAGUUUGGAAGGCCACAGAACUUCCACAUCAGGGUCAGACAAUGUUAAGGAUGAGUCAAGUGAGAACAGCAAUUUGUCUCAGAGUGCCCUGAACAUGGUGAUCCAAAUACACCAGCGUCUCUGCCUUGGAUAUGCUCGCUCUUUAUGGUAUUGCCGCAAACCUCCAGUCAAUCAAAGCAGAGAACACAUGCAUGCCCUGGUCUCUUCCUAUCAGAUGGCUGCUCCACUGAUCUUCCACCUCUACCACUUUAUAGACUCAGAACUAGACCAGCAACUGGCUGGCAGUGAGCUGCUUGUGUCUGCUCUCCUGCAAAACACAGUGCAGGGUGUUGGUGGCCCAGGUGCACUGGUGCUGUGCUCAGAGGGGCCCUAUGACUUCUACCAACAGCCAAACAUGAGUGAGGCACGACUCUGCCUGCCUGUGCUGCAGCAGCUCACCCUGGCUGUGAAGCAUAGGCUGGAGGAGUGGCCUGAUCAUCCAGCUUUGGUCCAGCUCACAGUUGUGAUUGAGCGGAUUCUGGCCUUUAGUCUGGCAAGUCCUCUGGCCAAGUUUCUUAAUGGCCUGGAGAUCCUGCUCAGUAAAGCUCAGGACUGGGAGAACAAUGCCAGCCGCUCUGUAUCUCUUAGGAAGGAGCUGGAGCCUGUAACUCAGCUCAUCAUCCAGUGGCGCAAACUUGAACUCAGUUGCUGGUCGAGUAGUCUGGAUAAUGCAGUGAAACGCCACACUGAAAAGUCAACCAGACACUGGUUCUCUGUCUAUCAGCUGAUUGAGCGGUAUCUGCAAGAGCAGAAGCAGGAACCCCAUCAAGGUGAGGAAGGCAAGGAGCAGUUGACGUUGUCAUCUGUGGGCUCCACGCUUCAGGCCUUCAUGGAGGGAUCGACAUUAGGAGAGUUCCACACACGACUGACCAUGCUACAGAGCUUCCAUUGCCACCUUUUGGUAGUCCCAGAGCAGCCAGGACAAGAGGCUCUGUGCAGUUUGCUGUGGAACUUGACUUGUUACUACACACAGUUCAACGAAACCAUUCAUACGAACAUCAGCAAGCUCCGGCAACCAAUUGAAAAAGAGCUGAAGGACUUUGUGAAAAUCUCAAAGUGGAAUGAUGUCAGUUUUUGGUCCAUCAAACAGUCAGUGGAGAAGACCCAUCGAACGCUCUUCAGAUUUAUGAGAAAGUUUGAAGAGGCCUUGAAUGGCCCCAGCAUCCCAUCUCUUGUGGAGCAGGGAAAAGAUAUGGACAAUGGUCCAGAGGAGACACCCAUUCAGAGGCUUCAUCAGGAGUUGAGAAGGAGCAGCCCCCAGAGAGGCUCUGACAUUCAGAGCUCAGAGGAAGUACUAGGUGGCUCCUCUCUCCAAGGACGUCUGCCUGUUCUGAGCAGAAAGAUGAAGAAAAUGUGUGGUGAGUUACUGAAAAGCAACCCUGCCCCAAACCUAGCAGAAGAUUUGGACCAAUUUACAGGUGAGGUUAUCCGUAAUAUGCGCGAACUUCAGGCCCUCACCGUUAACCCCUCUGCCGACAAAGACCGGGAGAAGUCAGAAGUCAAGCACAUCCUGCAGCAGAAGCAGAGGGCCCUGUCUGACCUGUUCAAGAUGCUGUCUGAAAUAGGGCUAUCUUAUCGACGAGGUCUGACCUGGAACAGGACAAUGCAGCCUGAGCAGGUGCUCUGUGUGCCUCCAAUGGAGAUGUCCGCUGCUUUAUCCACUGUGCUAAACCGGGAGGAAACUGAGAGCAGAUUAUUUCCUGUAUUGUUGUCAACUUGGGAAGCCAGCCAGAAGUACUUUUAUCGCUCGUGGGCCAGAAGAACCGCUCUGCAGACUGCUCUCCAGCAUGCAGCUAAGGAGCUGGGCCUGGGAAACCUAGAGCGCUGUAAGGGUUUCUCCUCUCACCUGUUUCACCUACUGCUGCAACAGAGACGGCGACUCUCUAAAAUCACUGAGAACUGGCUUCACCUGAGGCGGCUCAGGACCAGUCUCAAGAAUCUGAAGGCCCAUAGCCUAAACUCUGAUGGGAACCCAGGCUGUCCUCUGCCCCCACAGACCUCUCUGCAGGGCUGGGUGAGCAGAGCCCAAGCCCUGUCUGUGCAAUGCUCUGUGGCUCUUCAGCAGCUGUCAUGGCUGCUGCAGGCCUGUCCAGAGGAGCACCAGAACCUGGAAGGGGGUCUGAGUCAUCCCUCUCCUCUGACUGAGCAGAAUCAACCUGCAAGAUGCUUGAGAAAACGAGGAUCUGCUGAAUGGAGCCAGCAUCACCAACAUGUCACUCUCCUUUGGAACCAAACUGAGAAGGUCAAAGCUGAGCUGAACAGUAUAGCCCAGCAAACCUCAGAGGGGGUGCUGCAUACAUGGGCUCACCUUGACUUGUGCUGCUCUGCUUUUGAUCGUCUAAACUCUGUGGUGAGUGAACUUCCUCAGGUGGAACAGCUCUUUCUGCCCUCACAAACCCCAGGCAGAGGCAAAAGUUCACCAGCCAUUAUCCAGGGCCUGCAGAUGCUCAGAGGGCAGGUGCAUGCAGCCAUAACAGAUUUCACCACAUGGAAAACCCAGCUUCUAAACCUGGGAGCACAGGCAACAGCACCAGGGUCUCUCUUCUGCUCCGAGUUCUUUGCUGAGUUGGAAACACACCUCAACAUGGUGCUGUGUGCUGUUCAAGCACUGGUAAAGAGACGUGGACAUGGCAUUCAGCCAGACAUAGAAAGAGGGUAUGCAGAGGAUGGCCUUGAAGCAGAAGUGGGAGAAGCAGAGGAAGAAUUGUUAAAACCAGGCCAUCUGAGUCCUUUGCUGCAAGAGGAGCUGGAGGCCCAGGUGGAGGCGCUGCAUGUGGGAGAAGUGAAUUCAGGUCUGGAGAGGCUCUUCCUCCAUCUUAGGAGCUACAGAGAUUCUUGCCUACCUGCACAGAUUCAGGAGUUGAACCAAGCGUGCAGGAUGCUGGUGCGUCUGGAGCCAGUGUUAGACACUUAUUCGGACCUCGUGCUCUUCUUUUUGUCUGUGUCAGUGGGAGUCCACAGGAGCACUGGCAAACUGCUGUCUGUGCUGAGCAACAUUUUCACAGAGCUUGCUCAGAAGGGUUUCUGCCUACCUCAGGAGCUGAUUGCUGGAGGAGAUGGAGAAGGUGCCACAGAAUUUCACGACUAUGAAGGUGGAGGAAUUGGAGAGGGAGAGGGCAACAAGGAUGUUACUGACAAAAUUGAAAAUGAAGAUCAGGUGGAAGACACACUGAAGGAUGGGCAGGAAAAGGAAGAACAACAAGACCAAGGAAACAUUAAGUCUGAAGACAAUGCUAUUGAAAUGUCUGAGGACUUUGAUGGUCAGAUGCAUGAUGGUGAUCCAAAAGAAAGGGGUGAGGAUGAGUUGGAUGAAGAAGAGGAGGAAGAGCUGGACAAAAAGAUGGGUGACUUGGGUGAAGGGCAAACAGACACCCUGGACGAGAGGUUGUGGGGAGAUGAAGACAGCGAUGCAGAGGAAGGCAGCGAGAAGGAGGAGGAGUAUGGGCAGGGGAUGGACCAGGGUGAUUCUGAACUGGUGGCCAAAGAUGACAACUUGGAUGCUGCUGAGGCCAACAAGGAAAGAAAAAAUCAGGACAGGGAAGAGCCCGGUGAGGAGGAAAAAAAGGAGCAGAUCCAUGAGCAGGGUGAUCAGAGGGAGUUUGAUGAGAACGAAGUGGACCCAUAUCAUGGACAACAGGACAAGCAGCCAGAGCCUGAAGCUAUGGAUUUACCCGAGGAUCUGAACCUGGAUCAGGAGGACGAAGGUGGAGAUGACAAUGACGGAGAUGAGGAGAAUCCAUUUGACAUUGAUGAAAAAAACAUGGGCCUGGAUGAGAAAGGGGAGGGUCAGGAAGAGGAGGACAGAGGAGCAGCAAAUAUGGAGGAGAUACCUGAACAACAGGCAGAGGAGGAUAAUCAGGACGGACAGCCGGGAGACCAGAACGAUGGAGCAGAGGAAGAAGAGAGAAAAGAGGAAGAGGAGGGAGAUCAAGAGUCUGCUGAGAAACAUGAAGGAGAAGACAAAGGUGAGACAGACCCAGCUAAAGGGGAAGACUGCACUGUUCCAAACUACCAAGGACUGGAACCAAAGGACCAUGAGGAACAGGAGGGUGAUGAGGGGCAGCUAGAAUCAACUGAGAGAAAAGAGCACAAUGCAGAUGGGCAGACUGGAGAGCAGAACGUUCAGAGCGACACAGCUGUGGAGUUGGGAGGAGAGGCAUCUGAAAGGGAUCAGGCCAAAGAGGAACAUGGGAGUGGAGCUUCUGACGCCAACCAGUCUGAAGGACACCAGUCUCAACUCACAGCACAAAUGGCCUCACAGCGUCAGACAGAGAAACAAACUCAGAGCUACAAGAGAAAGCCUGGACAGGCUGACAAUGAGCGCACCAUUGGAGACUACAACCAAUGCAUCAACAAACGUCUGAGAACCAUGGAUAGGUUCUCAGAGCAGAAUGAUACCCAGGUUGAGGGAAAAAAACAGGUGCAACAGGAAUCUGAUCUGUAUGAGCACAUCAGGCAGGGAGAGAGCACCUAUGAUGAACAGACAUAUGAUGUCGCCAGUGCAGAGCAGCAAAAAGCAGCAGGUCCUCAUAAGGACCAGGAGCAGAAUGAUGAGGUUGCCAUGGAAAUAGAGGAAGAGGAGCUUCAAAGUGCUGAAGUUCCAACUCUGAACCCUGACAAGCAAGACACAACUAACAAUAAACAACAAAAAGGAGGUGACAGUCAAGACAUGGAUGUCCACACACUGGAAGACAGCCAGGAGGACCAGGACAACUGGAAGGACAGACAGUUAUUCAGCAGAGAUGAUUUAAAAGAGAGAAGUACAGAGUCCACCAUCCACACAGUCCCUGAGUUGUUGUUGGAAUCUGCUAAAAGAGCAGACCAAGAUCCAGAGGAGAUGAGAAGAGAUAUGGAAAAACUGCUUGAAGCUUGCCAUAAGCUUCCUGCAGGAAGCCCUGAGGAGGUGGGGGCAGCAGCCUGCCUAUGGCAGCAAUACCAGAGUGUGACCUCAGGCCUGUCUCAGCAGCUCUGCGAGCAGCUGCGUCUUAUACUGGAGCCUACACAGGCUGCUAAACUCAGGGGGGACUACCGUACUGGGAAGCGCCUUAACAUCAGGAAGGUCAUCCCGUACAUCGCCAGCCAAUUUCGCAAAGACAAGAUCUGGCUGCGUAGAACCAAACCCAGUAAACGGGAGUACCAGAUCUGUUUAGCCCUGGACGACUCUUCGAGCAUGGUGGAUAACCACUCCAAACAGAUGGCUUUUGAGUCCAUGUCGGUCAUCGUCAAUGCCCUGACACUUCUGGAGGUGGGACAGGUGGCUGUGUGCAGUUUUGGUGAGGAGGUACAGCUCCUUCACCCAUUCCAACAGCAGUUCAAUGACAAAUCUGGAGCUCAUAUCCUCAGACUGUGCCAAUUUCAACAGAAAAAGACAAAGAUUGCUCAGUGUUUGGAAACAUUGACCAAAAUGUUUUUGGCAUCAAGAUUGCAUGCUCCAGCAUCUACAAAGUCAGAGACUGCCCAACUGCUUUUGGUAGUGUCCGAUGGCCGUGGGCUCUUCCUCGAAGGGAAGGAGAGAGUGAUCGCUGCAGUGAGAGCAGCCCGCAGCGCCAAUAUCUUUAUCAUCUUUGUGGUUCUGGAUAAUCCCAACUCCAGAGACUCCAUUCUGGACAUCAAGGUGCCCAUAUUUGGUGAGGUGGGAGAGAUGCCGGAGAUCCGCUCCUACAUGGAGGAGUUCCCCUUCCCAUUUUACGUGGUUCUCCGAGAUGUGAAUGUGCUGCCUGAAACUCUGAGCGAUGCCUUGAGGCAGUGGUUUGAGCUGGUCACUGCAGCACAUCAGUGAUCAUUCUAAUGUACCUUUGUCUACAAUUUUCUGGACUACUCUCUGUACUAAGUGGACCAUACUGUAACGUCACUGUCACAGAAGUGCCUUAGAGAGGAAAGAAAAUCUUCUGAAUUGUAAUGCACUCAAAUGUUUUUAGGACUGUGAAGUUUAUGCAGAAUAUGACUCAGUUAAAGAGAGUUCUUUGCUCCUCUCUGAAUCUAUCUGCCCUCUGUCUUCUACUCUGACAUAUAUAUGUAAAUGAUCUGUAAAUC